ACCUAAAGUAAAAAUAAGAAAGCUACUCAUAAUAUGUCAGUUUAAAUAAAACACACAAACUCCCUAAUUUUUGGAGCUUUUCGUUAAAUCAAAAGAAUGUGUUUCGUGGUAAAUGUUUGCAAACGUUUUGCAAAUGAAAAUCCAAAGGUUUUCGUGACUAUAACACAUCCCUACUGUGUUGGCCUGCUGCUGGUAGGAACUGCAUUCUUUUUUCUGGCUGACAUGCUCUAUGUGGUGCCCUUCAUUUUCGACACCAGCGGAGCAAUGUACAAGCUAGCUUGGCUGGUGGCCGCCUUUAUUAUUUACAACAUCCUGGGCAACCAGUUGGCCUGCUAUCUGACGGACACUUCGGUGGCGAGUCUGCCCGAGGAGCGCCGUUUUCCGAAGACGGAGGAGGAGCACCUAUGGGCCUACUGCGAUGUAUGCAAAAUGAAAGUGCCGCCUAGAGCCUGGCAUUGCAAAUUGUGCAAGUUCUGUGUCUUGCGGCGGGAUCACCACUGCAUUUUCACGGCCACUUGCAUUGGCCACAAAAACUACAGAUAUUUCUUCUGGCUUCAGUUCUACCUGGCCCUAGGCACUGGAUUGUCCAUGGGCUGUCAUUUACUGGCGGUUGUGGUCAAUAAGGACUUUCAGAAUCGAUAUGUACUUGUGUGGAUAAUUAAAAGUGUUCUGAAGAGGGAAAACAACGUGCAUGCUGGUAAUUGGAAUGAGUUUUUGUGGCAGAACUGGCUUCUUAUGCUCAACACCUACGCCUUGGCUUUCUCACUGCUGAUGCUGCCCUAUCAACUGCCGAUCUUCUAUUUGAAUACUACUUUCUAUACGGGUUCAGAGCUCCGGUACAACCUCGGACUGCGAAGCAACAUCAAGCUCUUGUUGGGUCGGCGCGGUUUCUGGACUUUUAUCUCGCCCUGGAUCCACAGUCCAUUGCCCCAUGAUGGCACCAGUUGGGAGGAAAUGAAACCCUUAGACAUUAGCAAUUUCUAAGAGCUAUCGAACUUAUUUAAAAUUGCAUAACUCGUGCUAUUGUUAGGUGUAAAUAAAAUUCUCUCGAUAUGA